AUGUUAUCAGAAUUGCUAAUGGUAGCUCUUUCCAUGAGGGUCGUGUGGAAGUUUUCAUUAAUGGCAAAUGGCGCACUAUUUGCAGCAGGAAUUGGAACAAAGCUGAUGCCAAUGUGGCUUGUAGAAGUUUAGGAUACAAAGGAGGACUCCCAGUAACUUCACCUGUGUUGAGUGAGGAAAAGGACAAUUUAUGGAUGUUGGGCGAUGCAUCUUGUUCCGGAAGCGAAUCGUCUUUGUCAGAAUGUCGAAUAUCAGUGAUAAAACCCAGUCAAUGUAUUAAUGAUGGACAAGCCGGAGUCGUUUGUCAGCAAAAAAAUGAAGAUUCAGUUAGAAUUGUGAACGGUAGCUAUGAAUAUGAAGGACGGGUUGAUGUUUUAGUUAAUAGCGAAUGGCAUACAGUAUGUAACAGCGGUUGGGACAAAAAUGAAGCGGGAGUGGUUUGUACAAACUUAAAAUAUUCAAGGUAA